AUGACCGCCCCGCUGCCCCUCUCCCCCUCCCCCGGUGUACUUUGGUCCUCGCCGCUGACCUCGGGCCGCCAGGGGCGGCGCGUGAUGGGGAAACUUUGGCAGCCGGGGCGGCGGGCUGCGGGCGGAGGCGCGGGGAGGCGGCGCGGCGGCCGAGCUCCCCCGCGCGGCGGGCUCUGCGGCGGGGAGGCGCUCGCCCCGCGCCGCGCUGCCUGGGCGUGCGGGUGCGCCGCGGCGGCGGGGAAUGCGCCGCCGAGCGCCGCGCCGACCCCGGGAGCCGCGGCAGCGCGCGAUCGCUGGCGGCGCCGUCCAGCCCCCGGCCCCGCCUGCGCGGCCGGCCCGGCGGGCGGCGGCCCCAGGGACGCCCGGUGCCGGCUCACACCCGCGGCCGCCGCUUCGCCGCCGCCUGCGGCCACGGGGUUAGAAGGAUCCUUGCAUUCCAGCCCUUUCCCACUUUCCCCACUCCGUACUCUGGAUGGGAAGUUGGGGAAAAUGGACAGGGUCGUGCUGGGGUGGAUUGCUGUCUUCUGGCUGACAGCCGUGGUGGAAGGCCUUCAGGUCACAGUACCUGACAAGAAGAAGGUGGCCAUGCUCUUCCAGCCUACUGUGCUUCGCUGCCACUUCUCCACGUCCUCUCAUCAGCCUGCUGUCGUGCAGUGGAAGUUUAAGUCCUACUGCCAGGAUCGCAUGGGGGAAUCCUUGGGCAUGUCCUCUCCCCGGGCCCAAUCUCUCAGCAAGAGAAACCUGGAAUGGGACCCCUACUUGGAUUGUUUAGACAGCAGGAGGACGGUUCGAGUAGUAGCUUCAAAACAGGGCUCAACUGUCACCCUGGGAGAUUUCUACAGGGGCAGAGAGAUCACGAUUGUUCAUGAUGCAGAUCUUCAAAUUGGAAAACUCAUGUGGGGAGACAGUGGACUCUAUUACUGCAUUAUCACUACUCCUGAUGACCUGGAGGGCAAAAAUGAGGACUCAGUGGAACUGCUGGUGUUGGGCAGGACAGGGCUGCUUGCUGAUCUCUUACCCAGUUUUGCUGUGGAGAUUAUGCCAGAGUGGGUAUUUGUUGGCCUGGUGAUCCUGGGAGUCUUCCUCUUCUUCGUCCUGGUGGGGAUCUGCUGGUGCCAGUGCUGCCCACACAGCUGCUGCUGCUACGUCCGCUGUCCGUGCUGCCCAGAUUCCUGCUGCUGCCCUCAGGCCUUGUAUGAAGCAGGGAAAGCAGCAAAGGCCGGGUACCCUCCCUCUGUCUCCGGUGUCCCCGGUCCUUACUCCAUCCCCUCUGUCCCUUUGGGAGGAGCCCCCUCAUCUGGCAUGCUGACGGACAAGCCGCAUCCACCUCCCUUGGCACCAAGUGACUCCACUGGAGGAAGCCACAGUGUUCGCAAAGGUUACCGGAUCCAAGCUGACAAAGAGAGAGACUCCAUGAAGGUCCUGUACUAUGUGGAGAAGGAGCUGGCUCAGUUUGAUCCAGCCAGAAGGAUGAGAGGCAGAUAUAACAACACCAUCUCAGAACUGAGCUCCCUGCAUGAGGAGGAUGGCAAUUUCCACCAGCCUUACCGUCAGAUGCGAAGCAAGCAGUUCCCCGUGUCCGGGGACUUGGAGAGCAAUGCUGACUACUGGUCAGAUGUCAUGGGAGGCAGCAGUGGGGCAAGCCGGGGGCCCUCUGCCGUGGAGUAUAACAAAGAGGAUCGGGAGAGCUUCAGGCACAGCCAGCAGCGCUCCAAGUCGGAGAUGCUGUCCCGGAAGAACUUCGCCACGGGGGUGCCGGCCGUCUCCAUGGAGGAGCUGGCGGCCUUCGCCGACUCCUACGGCCCGCGGCCCCGCCGGGCCGACGGCAACAGCCACGAGGCGCGGGGCGGGAGCCGCUUCGAGCGCGCCGAGUCCCGGGCGCACGGGGCCUUCUACCAGGACGGCUCCCUGGAGGAGUACUACGAGCCGCGCAGCCGCAGCCGCAGCCGCGAGCCGCUGAGCGACGCCGACCGCGGCUGGUCCUAUAGCCCCCCGCGCCGGCGGCCGGCCGAGGAGGCGCACCUGCCGCGCCUGGUGAGCCGGACGCCCGGAGCCGCGCCCAAGUACGACCACUCGUACCUGGGCAGCGUGCGCGAGCGCCAGCCGCGGCCCGAGGGCGCCAGCCGCGGCGGCAGCCUGGAGACGCCGUCCAAGCUGAGCGCGCAGCUCAGCCAGCGCAGCGCCUCCUACUACGCCUGGUCGCCCACGGCCACCUACGAGGCAGGCGCGCCGCAGGGCGACGAGGAGGACGCGCCCGACGACGCGCUGCCGCCCUACAGCGAGCGCGAGCUGAGCCGGGGCCCGUCCUACCGCAGCCGCGACCUGCCCUACCACAGCAACUCCGAGAAGAGGAGGAAAAAGGAGGCCGCCAAGAAAACUAGUGACUUUCCAACCAGGAUGUCCCUUGUGGUCUGA